AUGAACCGGCUCUGGAACAUCAGGCGUUUGGAGCCACUCCAGGGACCCCUGAAGUGGGUCCCCACCCUGGGGGAGCUGCAGAAGACCCUCCAGAAGGGCGAGUACUUGCCCCUCCGCCCGCUGCCCAUGUUCGAGAGUAACUUUGUCCAGGUGACCAAUCGAGGGGCCCCAGCGUACGUGCACCACAGAACCAACCGAGUGACCAUGGGCGUGGCCGCAUCCCUGCCAGGCCUGGUGUUGCCAGACAUCCUGCUGAUGGCCCAGCCCCCCGAGGGCAGGGAGUGCUCCAGCCUCGUCCUCACCAGGAUGAUCCCGCUGGACCUGGCCCACCUCUACGUCCACGACCUGUCUGCCUGGCGCCUGAAGCUGCGUCUGGUCACGGGCCGCUACUAUUACCUGGAGCUGGACGCCCCUGACAGUGAGGUCAGCUUCCUGUUUGACCGCUGGAUCCGCCUCAUCAACCUGCUCCAGCAGCCUGCCACCUCCCGGGCUCCCAGGACCCUGCACACGCCCCCCAUGGACCUGGGUCACGUGGCACCUCCUACUUCCACCUGGCGCCUCCAGUGUCCCCCUGUCUUUCCAGUCAUGAUUGUCGAGCCCACCUUUCCUUACAAGAUUCUGACAACUCAGAGACAGAGGAAGGCCAAGACCCUCAAGAGCAAAUUCAAGUCUCAGGCCGUGGGUGACUCCGUGCCUCUCGUCUGGUCGCAGCAGGAGCAAGCUGACACGAGAAAGAAAUCUACAGAAAAGAAGUCUCAACCGGACCUCUCCCCUGAGAGACCUCAAACCGAAAUCCAAGUUUCCGAGAAGCCCAGCAUCACCAUUUGGACCAUCUUCAGCAUCAUUUCCAAUACACCUGACCACAUGGCAUCCUCUUCCAAGGGUUGCUCUGAUUCUGAGGGGGCCACAUGCCUGGCAGGUUUACUUGAGACCCCUUCACUCUGUAUCUCGGAGGACAGCCCUGAAAUGCCCCUGCUGGGCUCCUGUGAUCACUUGGAUAUGUACCCGUGGCAACAGGACAUGGACGACCUGAUGGACCCGGAGGCCAGCACCUUGUCCACGUCCUCCCUCUGCCCAGCCGCCUGCCCUCCUGACUUCCGCAGGUGCAACGAACAGGCCAGGCCUCUGGACUCCGUGCAGAUACUGUGGCCGCCGCCCUCCCAGAAGCCCCCAGCCAUCCCUGCUGCCUCUUGUAAGGCUCCAUUCAUCCUUGACCAGUCCCAGAAGUUCUUGGCUGUACCUGCUCCAUCCCGGAAAGCGCCAGCUUUUCCUGCUGCUCCCCAGGAGGCCCCAGCCACACCUGGCCCAUCUCGGAAGACCCCACAUGUACUGGCUAUUCCCCACAAGGUCCCAGCUGUGCCUGCCAAAUCUCGGAAGGUCCCACAUGUACCGGCUGUUCCCCACAAGGUCCCAGCCAUGCCUGCCCCAUCUCAGAAAGCCACACAUGUAUUGGCUACUCCCCACAAGGCCCCAGCUGUGCCUGCCCCAUCUCAGAAGGCCCCACAUGCACUUGCUGUUCCCCCAAAGGCUGUGUCCCCCUCUGCUCCAAACAGGAAAUCUGUGUUCCUACCUACCCUGUCCCAGAAGGCUCUGACCUUACCUACCCAAUACCAAAUGACAUUGGACCCUGCCACCACUGGCGUGUUGCCUGUGGGAAGUCACGGAGGAGAUGUGCUUGAGCAAAGCAAGCCUGAAGGGAAGCCAGAGCCCGUGGUGUUGAUGGGCACCCAGGAGACAAACACAGUAGAGAUGAGGACUCAGAAAACAUCCCUGGAGCUGCCUUUCACCGCCACCGAGAAGGAGUCAGAGGAAGUCCUGGUCAGCAGAGCCCAGGAUAUCACCGUGGAUGGCUUGAAGGGCAAGGGCAAGUUGGAGGACAAAGUCCGCAGGAUGAAGGAGGAGAUCUCUCUGGACAUGCCGGGCUUCAGAUCCAAGGAGGUGGGGCAGCAGAAGAAGUGGGUCAAGACCCAGGAGCUGGCCAUCGAGGAAGCCUCGCAGGGGCAGACCAGGCCCUUCUCAGUGGAAGGCCUCACCCUUGACAAGCUGAUGAUCAUUGCCAGUUCCAAGGAUCCCUCCUUGAGAUCAGCUCUGGUCAAUCUGCCCUCCUGGCUCUCAACCCAGCAGGGGUCUGCCAUGCCAACUAUGGACACGGUACCCCUCAGCACCACCAAGGUGUCCUUGCUGGAGGAGACGCCGGUGGUGGUCAGGGAGCAGCCACAGUUGGGGACCUGGGCGAAGGGGAACACGCAUCCAUGGGCGGAGGUGGAGGAGGUGCCCUGGGACCCAAAGGGGCCUUCCAAAGCGUCCCCCUGCCCCAAGCGUGCCACCAGCAGCCCCAAGAUGAAUGUUGCCUCCCUGACUCCCAUCCCUCUGCCCUCAACGAGGUGGGAGGAUGUAACCGAGUCGCCUGCCUCGCUGACCCCUGUCUCAAAAAUGGAGGCCAGGGUCUCCCAACAGCCCAGGAGAGUAUCUCAAGAGCCCAAGAGGGUGCCGGACCAGUGCCCCAUGGCCACAGUGGGGUCGUCCUUGGAGAUUCUCUUGCCCAGUCUCUUGGAAAUUGAGAGUAUGAAGGACACGGCCUCCAAGGUGGAGAAGAUAAAGGAGGAAGUGGGCGUCUUUGCUACUUCGCCCAGGUAUUUGGGGUGA